GCUAACUUUCUGUGCACUUGUUGCCUGCUCCUCCCUCUCUCUCUGCUGUGGACUCUACUUGUAUUUAUCCAUCUUUAAUUCUACUUCCUGCAGACAUUGGUCCCUUCCUCAGCCAUGCUGCAAACUCUCCUUCACUGAGGACUGAGGUGAAACUUUUUGCUGCAGGAUUUAUUAACGGUUUUUAUUUUUGCAUGAACCUCCUGACCAUGACGGAGGAGAGCCAGGAGAAGCAGCUCCGGCUCCGGGUCUGCGUCCUCAGCGAGCUGCUGAAGACGGAGCGGGAUUAUGUGGGGACCCUGGAGUUCCUGUCGGUUUUUCUGCAUCGUCUGGACCAGUACGCUGCCACCAGAAUGGACAAGAACAUCACGGAAGAGACGGUCAAGGUGUUGUUCUGCAACAUCGAGGAGAUCCUGGCGCUGCACAGAGGCUUCCUGUCCAUGGUGGAGGAUCUGCUGCAGCCCGAGCCCAGCGCUCUGCACGAGGUCGGACGCUGCUUCCUGCACUUCAGGACUGGUUUCCAGAUCUAUGACGAGUACUGUGGGAACCAUGAGAAGGCCCAGAGGCUGCUGCUGGAGCUCAACAAGAUCCGGAGCGUCCGCACAUGUUUACUGAACUGCAUGCUGCUGGGGGGCAGGAAGAACACAGAGGUUCCUCUGGAGGGUUACCUGGUGGCCCCCAUCCAGAGGAUCUGCAAAUACCCCCUGCUGCUGCGAGAGCUGCUGAAGCGGACCCCGAAGAAGCACAGCGACUUCCCCCUGGUGCAGGAGUCUCUGCAGGUGAUGAAGGCUGUGUGCUCCAGCAUCAACGAGGCCAAGAGGCAGAUGGAGAAGCUGGAGAUCCUGGAGGAGUGGCAGUCACACAUCGAGGGCUGGGAGGGCUCCAACAUCACAGACACCUGCACGGAGAUGCUCAUGCACGGCGUCCUGCUGAAGAUCUCUGCAGGAAACAUCCAGGAGAGGAUCUUCUUCCUGUUCGACAAGCUGCUGGUCUACUGCAAGAAGAAGAACAGACGUUUGAAAAACAGUAAGACGGCGGCGGAGGCUCCUCGCUACCUGUUCAGAGGGCGGAUCAACACGGAGGUGAUGGAGGUUGAGAACGUGGACGAUGGCACGGCGGAUUACCACAGCAGCGGGAACAUCGUGAACAACGGCUGGAAGAUCCACAACACGGCCAAGAACAAGUGGUUCGUGUGCAUGGCCAAGAGUCCGGAGGAGAAGCAGGAGUGGCUGGAGGCCGUCAUGAAGGAGAGGGAGCGCCGCAAGAGUCUGAGGCUGGGCAUGGUGCAGGACACCUGGGUGAUGGUGUCAGAGAAAGGGGAGAAAAUGUACCAGCUGAUGACCAGAGGAAACCUCAUCAAGGACCGGAAGCGCAAACUCACCACCUUCCCCAAGUGCUUCCUGGGAAGUGAGUUUGUGUCCUGGCUGAUGGACAUCGGGGAGACAGGAAACCCAGAGGAGGGGGUGCACCUGGGUCAGGCUCUGCUGGAGAACGGCAUCAUCCACCACGUCACGGACAAGCACCAGUUCAAGCCAGAGCCGGUGCUGUACCGCUUCCGCUACGACGAUGGCACCUACCACCCCCGCAGUGACAUGCACGACGUCAUAUCCAAGGGCGUCCGUCUGUUCUGCCGGCUGCACAGCCUCUUCACUCCUGUCAUCAGGGAUAAGGACUACCAUCUGAGGACGUACAAAUCUGUGGUGAUGGCCAACAAGCUGAUCGACUGGCUCAUUGCUCAGGGUGACUGCAGGGCGAGGGAGGAGGCGCUGAUUCUGGGGGUGGAGCUGUGUGACAACGGCUUCAUGCAUCACGUCCUGGAGAAGAGCGAGUUCAAAGACGAGCCGCUGCUGUUCCGCUUCUUCGCCGACGAGGAGAUGGAAGGCUCCAACACCAAACACAAGCCGGUGAAGCACGACCUGAAGAUCGUGGAGAACGUUAUCUCCAAGUCCCUGCUGAUAAGGCCGACUGACGGAGGUUAUGGCUUCACGCUGGAGGAGAAGAACAGAGUCCCCAUCAUCAAAUCUGUGGAGAAGGGCUCCCCUGCUGAGAUGGCGGGUCUGGAGGUGGGGAAGAAGCUGUUCGCCAUAAACGGAGACCUGGUGUUCCUCCGGCCGUUCUCCGAGGUGGAGGUCCUCCUGCAGCAGUGCUUCCACAGCAAGGGGCCCCUCAGGGUGCUGGUGAGCACCAAGCCCAGAGAGACGGUGAAGAUCCCGGACUCGGCCGAUGGUUUGGGUUUCCAGAUCCGAGGCUUCGGGCCAUCAGUGGUGCACGCCGUCGGCAGAGGUACGGUAGCAGCCGUCGCCGGCCUGCACCCAGGUCAGUGCAUCAUCAAGGUGAACGGCAUCAAUGUGAGCAAAGAGAGCCACGCCAGCGUCAUUGCUCACGUCACUGCCUGCAGGAAGUACCGCCGACCCACACAGCAGGACUCCAUAAAGUGGGUGUACAACAACAGUGAGAGCGCUCAGGAGGAGAACCAGAGAGCAGACCAGAGACCUGAGGAGAGCGGGGACGGCUUCCAGUGCAAAGUGGAAGAGGUGAUGGACAAGUUCAACACGCUCUCCAUCAUCGACGGGAAGAAGGAGCACGUGAGCCUGACGGUGGACAACGUGCAGCUGGAGUACGGCGUGAUGUACGAGUACGACAGCACGGCCGGCAUCAAGUGCCACGUGCUGGAGAAGAUGGUGGAGCCCAAGGGCUUCUUCAGCCUCACUGCGAAGAUUCUGGAGGCGUUGGCGCGUAACGAUGACACGCUGGUGCAGAUGUGCGGCCGGCUGAGCUCCAGCUGUGACGUCCUCCCCGAGGAUCUGCAGGUCCGCUUCAGUGCCAUGUGUGCAGAGAGGGUGGAGCACAUCGACCAGCGCAGCAGCAGCUACAGGAAGUUUGCACGGGUGCUGAAGAACCGGGCCUGGCCCACCUUCAAGCAGGCCAAAGCCAAGGUGUCCCCACUCCACAGCAGCGACUUCUGCCCCACCAACUGCCACAUCAACGUGAUGGAGGUGUCCUACCCCAAAACCUCCACCUCUCUGGGCAGCGCCUUCGGGGUGCAGCUGGACAACAGGAAGAACACGCUGGAGAGGGGGGGGCGCAGCGCCGAGCAGGGGAAGCUGAGCCCCAUGGUGAAGCUGCAGCACACCAUCACCAGCAUGGCCGCCCCGUCGGGUCACAGUCUGGGCCGGACGGAGGGCCACGGCCUGCGCUUCCUGCUGCGGGAGGAGGACCUGCUGACGCUGGACGCCUACCAAAAGCUGCUGCACAAGCUCACUGCGGGGGUGAAGGAGAUGGAGACGCAUGGAGGACACAUCCACGACCUCUUAUCCUCCAUCACUCACCCCCCCGCCUCCGAGGCCCGGACCCCCGAGAGCUUCAUCUCUGCAGAGAGCGAGGGCGAGCGGGGCGAGAGGAACGGGAAGAAGGUGUGUUUCAACGUGGCGGGUGAUGAGCAGGAGGACUCCGGACAUGACACCAUCAGCAACAGAGACUCUUACAGUGACUGUAACAGCAACAGGAACUCCAUCGCCUCGUUCACCAGCAUCUGCAGCAGCCACUGCAGCUCUUACGUGCACAGUGACGACAUGGACUCAGGGGACGAGCUGCCCUGCAGUGUGUGGCUGUCUCAUGAUAAGCAGAAGAAGCUGCACAGUUUCCUGGAACAUCUGUUCAGCCAGGUGGAGUCCAUCUGCAGCCUGCUGAGAGGAGCCGUGGUGACCCGAGCCUUCGAGCAGACCAAGUGCUUCACCCCUGGACGAGGACUACAAGAGUUUCAGCAGGAGUUGGAUCCGAAAGUGAACUGCACCAAGAAGCUGCGCCUCCACGUGAAGCAGGACCCCUGGAACCUGCCGGGCAGCGUGCACACACUCACACACACCAUCGCCAAAUACGUGGAAGAGGUGAAGACCCGGCUGCUCCUGGUGCUCCUGCAGUACACAGACUCUGAGAUCCAGCUGCGCAGAGACAUGGUGUUCUGCCAGUCUCUGGUCGCUGCAGUGUGUGCCUUCUCUGAGCACCUGCUGGCUGUCCUCAACCAGUUCCACAGUGUGGGUCUGGACUCGGAGCAGGACCCCCAGGAGGCUCAGGAGGCCGGGCGCCGCUGGCUGGAUCAGAUCUCCAGCGCUGGGCUGCUGCUCCACUUCCAGUCCCUGCUCUCCCCGAACCUGACUGACGAGCAGGCCAUGCUGGAGGACUGCCAGGUGGCUCUGAUGGAUCUGGAGAAGGUCUCCUUCUACUUCCUGCAGUUUGAGGGCGAGCCGCUGGUGGCCAAUAUGCCCAUGUCCUACCAGGUGGAGGGUUCCCGUCAGGCGCUGAAGGUGUGUUUCCACCUGGAGAGUUUCUACUUCCUGCAGCUGCCCCCCCGGCUGAGGAGUGGAGGAGGAGUGAAGAUCUGCCCGGUGCUUUUCACUCAGGCUCUGGAGAGCAUGGAGGGUUACUACUACAGAGACAAUGUGUCGGUGGAGGAGUACCAGGCCCAGAUCAACUCCUCCUCCCUGGAAAAGGUCAAGCAGUACUACAAGAGACUGAGGGCGUUCUACCUGGACCAGUCCAACCUGCCGCCCAGCUCUGCUCCCAAAGCGGCUCUCAUCGAUAAGCUGAUGCGGCCCCUGAACGCGGUGGAGGAGCUGUACCGUCUGAUGGAGAGCUUCAUCAGCUGCCGCCGGAGCCCCGCCUGUCAGUACACGGCCUGCGGGGCGUCGGGGGUCGGGCUGCUCAGCGUUGCCUCGGAGCUCUGCUCGAGACUCGGGGCCACGCACAUCGUCAUGUGCAACAGCGGCGUGCACCGCUGCACCCUCAGUGUGACACUGGAGCAGGCCAUCCUGCUGGCCCGCAACCACGGCCUGCCCCCCCGCUGCAUCAUGCAGGCCACUGACGUGAUGAGGAAGCAGGGAGCGAGGGUUCAGAACUCAGCGAAGAAUCUGGGAGUGAGAGAUCGAACACCGUCCUCCGUCCCGAGGUUGUACAAGCUGUGCCAGCCCCCGCCCCCGGAUGGUGACCCAUAAUGCAUUGGAAGAAGCCGAUGAAGGAUGCACCAAUAAGAACAAUAUUGGGUCCAUUUUUAUAUCCCACAGUCGCUGCCUAAAGUGUAAAUAAAAACAUAGUAUUUUUUAA